UUUCACCUUGAACGAGGACCUCCCACAUGUUCCCGUGAUUUUCUCGAUACCAGGUAUCUGGGCCACGCCACGGGACAUCUCACAGGAUUUCAGAAUCCGAGAGAUUCAUUUUCCACAAGGGCAGCAAGGUUCUCGUGGUUGGUGGUCAAAAAACGGGGCGCGAAACUGCACUUGUGGUCUUCGUUCAGCAAUGCGUGUAUGUUCACAUUUCGAACUCCACCGGCGAUUCGAUGUUGGAAUGUUCGACCACUUGUGGGGGCCACUCAAUACCCACCAAGUCCAUUUCCAUUGUUACCGGUUAUAUCGGUAGCCAGC